UGUCGUAUGAAUAUCUGAGUAAAUAGCGCGUAAAAGUGGCUGCGUGUGUGAGUGGUACAUUCCCAGUGGGCUCCCUCACUACAGAGCAGCACAGGGCUUCAGCUAACGGCUAACAGCCAUGGCGUCCACCGAGAUAGCGAGACAAGCGGGUGAAGGUGCUCGUGCUGUCCCUCUGGCCGGCCAUGUCGGCUUUGACAGCAUGCCUGACCAGCUGGUCAACAAGUCUGUCAACCACGGAUUCUGCUUCAACAUCCUCUGUGUUGGUGAGACAGGUCUGGGGAAGUCCACCCUGAUGGACACGUUGUUCAACACCAAGUUUGAGGGCGAGCCCACUCAGCACAACCAGCCAGGAGUCACGCUCAAGUCCAACACCUACGAACUCCAGGAGAGCAACGUGCGCCUCAAGCUCACUGUUGUCAACACUGUAGGCUUUGGAGACCAGAUCAAUAAAGAAGAAAGCUACAAGUCCAUUGUGGAGUUUAUUGAUGCCCAGUUUGAGGCAUAUCUGCAGGAAGAACUGAAAAUCAAGCGCACGCUACACAGCUACCACGACACCCGCAUCCACGCAUGCCUGUACUUCAUCGCUCCCACGGGACACUCGCUCAAAUCUCUCGACUUGGUGACCAUGAAGAAACUCGAUAGCAAGGUCAACAUAAUCCCAAUCAUCGCCAAGUCAGACGCCAUCUCCAAGAGCGAGCUGGCCAAGUUCAAAAUCAAAAUCACCAGCGAGCUGGUCAGCAACGGAGUGCAGAUCUACCAGUUCCCCACUGACGAUGAGUCUGUGGCAGAGAUCAACUCCACCAUGAACAGCCAUUUGCCAUUUGCAGUGGUGGGGAGCACAGAGGAAGUGAAGAUCGGGAACAAGAUGGUGAAGGCCCGGCAGUACCCGUGGGGGACAGUGCAGGUCGAAAAUGAGAAUCACUGUGACUUCGUCAAACUGCGAGAAAUGCUGAUCAGAGUGAACAUGGAGGACCUGCGAGAGCAGACUCACACGCGCCACUAUGAGCUGUACCGCCGCUGCAAACUGGAGGAGAUGGGAUUUAAGGACACAGACCCUGACAGCAAGCCCUUCAGUCUGCAGGAAACGUAUGAAGCUAAGAGGAACGAGUUCAUGGGUGAGCUGCAGAAGAAAGAAGAGGAAAUGAGGCAAAUGUUUGUGCAAAGAGUCAAAGAGAAGGAGGCCGAGCUUAAAGAAGCAGAGAAAGAGCUGCACGAGAAGUUUGACCGUCUGAAGAAGCUCCACCAGGACGAGAAGAAGAAACUGGAGGAUAAGAGGAAGUCCCUGGACGACGAACUCAAUACGUUCAAACAGAAAAAGACUGCAGCAGAGCUCUUGCUCUCUCAAGCUCAGCAGGCAGGGGGCUCCACCACACUCAAGAGGGACAAAGAGAGGAAAAAUAAUCCCUGGCUCUGCACUGAGUAGGUGCUCAACCUUCGAGCUUUGCUUGGGGAACCAGCCUUUGUCGGUUCUGAGCACCUCAAAUGUGACCAGAGGCUUUUUGGACCCCGUCCUUCAGGGUUUUCUUAAUCAUUACCUGCUCUUGCUUUAAUAUGGGUUCAUGUGUAUUUGUAUUUCACUGCUACUCUAACUUCACCUCAGGCGAUCUGAACCUUGCUUUAUUGCUUCUGUGUGUGUGUGUGUGUGUGUGUGUCCUGUUUUUUGCUGAGACUAACACCCUUUUCCACUUUGGUUGUGAUGGAGUUUAUGUGCACACUUGUUUUAUUGUAAUAUUUGGAAAGCACAUAGAUUUUGGCUCACACACGGAUCACAUUCAAGUAGAUACUCGUGUGGAAUUUGUGCACAUCCUACAAAAUGUAUUCACUGCUUUAAAAUUAGUCUGUGGGCACAAUAUUCUCUUGUUAUUCACACUUUGUGUUGUUUAAAUGACAAAUCACAGGCAUUUUACUGCCUGAUUUUGUAUUUAUGAUCACCUUUUUCCUUACUGAUAUCUAAUGCACUUUUAAAUCUUUGACCCUCACGUUUUUGUCCUGCUUUGCCCACCUCUCCUAACUGCCGGCUUUCUUUCUCUUUGUCUCUUCAGCUUCUUUUAAUCUGUCUUGGCCACCUGAAGAGGGGAUUGCAGCUUCGGGCAGAACUAAGCACCCUUUACCUCUUCCAGUUUUCUCUCGCUGUAUCAACCUUUUGUAUUUUCCCCGCCAUCCCAUCUUUUUUUGUUAAAUAUGGCCUUAUGUGGACUCUCAUGGUAUUUCUGACCACCCAAUGAAGAUCUAGACCGAGGCAGUUUGGGAACCGGGCACAAUUUAGUUUAAUUCUGCUAUGUCUUAAUGUAAAUAAAGCAACUCUUGUAGUUCAAAGAAGUCACCAGUAGGGGAUUUACACAUUUACAGGACUGGAGGACUUGAAAUAAAAUUGCAUUGACUGACACCGUGCACUCAUCUUAGUAGAAUUUUUAAAUAAAAAGUUAACAUUAGAUUUUAACACUACACUGAAACAAGAAAAAAUGUUUGCCAACUUAAAACUACUUUAAUUACUUUAAAUGUGCUUCAGUUGGUAACACACAUAAAUCUAAAUUAUUUCUAAUUUAAGUUAUGGAUUGUGUUUUUUAAGUUGGUAAACAAUUUCCUUUUUAGGAAAAAAAGAAAUUACUUCAUGUGAUAACACACAAAUCAAUUAAGUUAUUCCAAUCUAAAGUUAUCAUUGUGUUUUUAUAAGUUGGUAGAGUCACUUUCGUUUUUCUGAAUUUAAGAAGAAAUUACUUUAGGUGGAACCACACAAAUCAAUUGUUUGCUCAACUGUAAGUGUAAGUUAUAUUAACACAAUCGAUAACUUUUAUUUGAAAACUAAUUCAUUUGUGAUAUUAACUGAAGUAAUUCAAAGUUAGUAAACAGUUGUUUUCAGUGUACUGUACAACAUGCUGGUUGAACGGAAAAUAGUGGACAGAAGCUCUUAAUGCACUGAUGCAUUAUAACGUACAGUAUAAUGAGAAGACUUGUUUUCUCUCAUCCAGUCCCGUUAAAAAUUCAAAUCUCCUGCUUCCAGGAUUUCUGAAAAUCGAAAAUUAAACACCAGAGUUAAAUUACAUUCAUAAUCAUGCAAAAGCCAAAGCAAUAUUUGUACCUAGCACUUCAUUUUAAGGUGCCCAUGUUUACAUGUCACUGUUGAAUACCAUGGAGGUCACAUGUCAUGGCCUUUAAUUACACACUGUGCUUUAAUAUUCACAGGCCUAUCCUAUAGUUUGCAUGCAUCUUUUGAUUCGGUUACCGCUGUGAUCUUUGACCUGCUUGUUUUUAUCCCCUAAUUACUCAAGUUUUGCAGUUUAUUGCAACUUCAUUGUUGUUGUUUUUUUAAACGGUGCAAAUGAUUAAUGUAUAUUUUAUCAGCUCCCAUUUUGCCAAAUAUUAGAAUAAGAUGAAGUUAAACUGAAUCCCAGAUAGAAUCGAGUAUUAAAAAAUACUCCUGCAUUUAUAUAAUUUAUAAGGAUAUAUUUUGUGUAUUGAAGUGGAGACUUGUUGUUUAUUACCUAUGAUCUUUGGACGUGUCUCUGAGUGUAAAGUAACAUGUUGGUGUCAGACAUUGCCAUACAUUUUUCUAGUAUCAGUCAUCACCUCUUGUAGUCAGAAAAUAUCCCAUACUACAAAUUAUUCAAUAUCUUACCUUAGUUUGAUUCCAGUGAUGUACAUUUUCAAUAAAAAAAAUAUGAUCCAAA